AUGGACCUGUUCAAUUCCCUAAACUUCAGUCAUCGCGUUGAGACAUUGAUGCAAAGUAACCGUGUUCCUGGCCUCUCUGUUGCUGUUGUCCAAGGUGGCCAGGUCAAGUCCACAGGCUAUGGCUUCGCUUCAGUCAAGUCUCAAGAACCAUGCACUGCAGACACGCUCUUUGACAUCGCAUCAUCCUCAAAAUCGCUCACGGCGUCAGCAAUCUCUCUUUUAGUCGAGGAUACCGACUUUCCUGAAAUUCAAUAUGACUCAGUCAUGUCUGAACUGCUGCCCGAAGACUUUGUCAUGUCGGAUGAGCUGCACACCAAUACCGUCACUGUAGAUGACCUCUUAGGGCACCAUACUGGCAUGCUUGGCCACGAUGAUUCAUACAUGGGAACACGCGCUACUGAGCCUGAUGAUGCGCAAUCAAUUACACGAAAUCUGCGAAACCUCGCUGUCGCUGCUCCACCACGGACACGAUACAUCUACUGCAACAUGAUGUACACUGUCUUAACAUAUCUUAUAGAAGCCAAGAGCAGACAGUCUUUCAGCGAAUUCCUACAAGAGCGCAUUUUUGAUCGUCUUGACAUGACGUCGAGCAGUCUGCAGCCCCAAAGCGCCGAUGCUAAAGGCCAUGCCCAUCGUCUUGCAAGAGGGCAUAUCUGGGACAAGAAGUCCGCAUCAUAUCGCGAGUUUGAAGCAGUGAAUUGUCCCGAAGGCCAAGGCGCGGGGUCAGUAAUCUCGAGCGCCAACGAUUUCAUCAAGUUUCUCAGAGCCUUUAUCGAUCGCGACGGGCCGAUAAGUGAGUAUGUAUACCAAGGGUUGACACGGCCGCGAUCCGAACGAGGUGCCAAUUCCCGUCAACGAAAAACCGGCAUCGAUCGGAUUUCCUACACUGCUGGUAUGGAUCUUUACUGGCAAAGCGGGCAUGCAGUGUUUGGGCAUAGCGGUGAUACCACAGGCUUUGGUAGUCGCUUUGUGUUUCUGCCAGGUCUCAAGUUUGGAGCUGUUGUGAUGGGCAAUUCUUCGGGGACCAAUUCAGUGGCUGCACAGCUGUUUCGCGAGUUUAUUGCAGAAGUCAUCAAUUCCGACAUCGGCCGACAGGAGUUGAGCACGAUCACUGAUAGAGAUGUGCCUAUGAAGUCACCAGCAGUGCGCAUGCACCAAAACUCAGUGUCACAAAUUCACCCCACUGGCAUGUUUAAGACGAAGGCUGGGAAUAAAAAGGACCAGAAGAUAGAGAGUACUGCGGUCUCUGAAGUGAAAGCCGCCUCACGGAGGACUAUGACUCUCGGAGCUUAUACUGGCGAUUAUUGGAACCCUGGCUAUCACAACAUACGAGUGGAGAUCAGAGACGAUGAGUUGUUCAUUGAUGCAACAGAUCGCUCGUUGGGAUUCACAGCGAGACUCAAGCGCAAGCGGGAUCAGUCUGUGUACGAUGCGCACGUACGAGACGCUUUUGAUACGGGCGACGAAGUCCUGAUGACCGAGUUUAUAAUCGAGGACGGCAAGGUCGUCAGGAUGGGCAUGGAUCUUGAGCCGCUUGUUGGCGACUUGAUAUGGUUCGACAAAGUUGACAGUCAUCAAUAG